GCAACAAACUGAUCACCCUGCUUCUCAUGCGAGCCCACACUGGUCCGAGCAUUAGAGUAUGGACAGAUUGUUGAACAUGACGUUGAACUAUUCAUAUGACUUUGAUGACAACAGUACUGACAACAUGUCAGAGGAGUCUGUAGACUACAUCAUGGACUAUGAGGAGCCAUGUAGCACAGCGCUCAGCAGCGAAUUCAACAAGAUUUUCCUGCCAGCAGUUUUCGGAAUAAUUUGUAUUCUGGGAGUCUCUGGCAAUGGAUUAGUUGUUUUUGUCAUGGGCUUCCAGAAAAAAGUUAAGACGAUGACAGACAAGUACCGGCUCCAUCUCUCUGUGGCUGAUCUCCUCUUCGUCAUCACGCUGCCGUUCUGGGCCGUGGAUGCAGCCAGCAGCUGGUACUUUGGAGGUUUCCUCUGCAAGUUUGUGCACAUGAUCUACACAUUGAACCUGUACAGCAGCGUACUGAUCCUGGCCUUCAUCAGUCUGGACAGAUAUUUGGCGGUUGUGCAUGCCACCAACAGCCAAGCCACAAGGAAGCUGCUUGCAAACAGAGUGAUCUAUGUGGGUGUGUGGCUGCCUGCAGCUGUGCUCACUGUACCUGACCUGGUGUUUGCCACGACGCUGGACACAGGGUCUUUCUCAAACUUUCUCAUCUUCGACGAGACCAUGGAGACUGCAGACUCCCGGAUCAGCUGCCAGCGCAUCUAUCCGCAAGAAACCAGUCAAAAUUGGAUAGUUGCCUUCAACUUCCAGCACAUCCUGGUGGGCUUCAUACUGCCCGGUCUGGUCAUCCUCAUCUGCUACUGCAUCAUCAUCGCCAAGCUAUCGCGAGGUGCCAAGGGCCAGACUCUGAAGAAGAAAGCGCUGAAGACCACGGUCAUCCUCAUUGUUUGUUUUUUCACCUGCUGGCUGCCCUACUGUGUUGGCAUCUUCUUGAACAACCUGAUAAUUCUGAAAGUGAUCUCUCCCUCUUGUGAACUUGAGCAAGCACUGUCCAAGUGGAUUUCAAUCACAGAGGCGCUGGCCUUUUUUCACUGCUGCCUGAACCCCAUCCUCUAUGCUUUCCUGGGAGUUAAAUUCAAGAAAUCGGCCAGGAGUGCACUGACAGCCAGCAGCAGAUCAAGUCAGAAAGUGACUCUCAUGACAAAAAAGCGAGGGCCAAUUUCAUCUGUGUCAACAGAGUCCGAGUCCUCAAGUGUUUUGUCAAGUUAACAAACAGUCAAAAUCUGAGUCUGUGACUUGAUAAUCUCAGGAGAGAAAGAAAAACUAAGCUUCAGUUUCAAAGAACUUACUACAUUUUGUACAGAUGUAAAAAGAAAGAGUUUUUAUACUUUUUGAUUUGUUUGCCUUGUUAACUGCGAUUGUGUGUCUUGUGUUUUUAUCGCAAUUUGUGCAAGUUUUAUGUCCCUCAAAGCAGAUUGUGUCCUCAGGCAGUGCCUCAUUUCCACUCGUUCAGCUUUACAAUCAAGAUUCAUUUUCUGUGUUUUCAUCUUUACAAUCUGUGCUGCUGUAUUAAAGCUCAGGCAUACGAUGCCCUAUUCUGUUUUUAGGGAUGGUAGCUGCUCUUGGAAACCUGUAUAUAGUUUGUAGCAUUUGUGUGUUCGCACUUAAGUUGUGUGACUAUCUGAAAGCUAUUAUUUAUUGCUGUCGUUCACACUGGAAGUUUUGUAAAAGAGAGAAAAUGCAUGCUGCUUUUUUUUAACCAUUUUAUAUUUGUUUUUUUAUGGAAAAAUAAAAAAUUUAGUGCUUCUAAUACAA